UAACAGAGAUGAGGAGACAGCAGCUCAAACAGCGCCUGGAUGUGGAGGAAGAAGACAGGUCGGAGGACUGGAUGAGAGCUGAUCAGGAACAUGACAUGGACGCUUUUUCCAUUCAUCAGCUGCAUGUUUUAGUGGUUCCUGAAGCUGAUCAGGAGUUGAUGGAGAUUAAAGAAGAUCCUGAAGAACUGAAGCCUGAUGUGGACCAGCAGGACCAAGAACACCUCCAUAUAAAAGAAGAAGAGGAGGAACUAUGGAUCAGCCUGGGAGAGGAGCAGCUCAAUGUGAAGGAGGAGACUGAUGACACCAUCUUUUCAUUCACUGAAGUUCCUGUGAAGCAUGAGGAUGAUGAAGAUAAACCUGAGUUCUUACAGCUUCAUCAACACCAAGAUGAAGUCAGAGAUGUUCCAACCAGCAGCUCAGCUGACAACCUGGAAUCAACAACUGGUGGAGAGUCCUGUGGAGGAGCAGAAACUACAGUAAACCAAAAUCUGAGUACUCAUGAAGAUGAUUCUGACUCUUCAGAAACUGAAGUCAGUGAGGAUGAUGAAGAGGAUAAUUAUGUGAACAAUCCAGACUUUCAGCUGAAACACUUUGACUCUGGAUCAAAACCUGAAUACAUUGAUAUGAACUGGGAGUCUCCUCCCAGUAUGGUUCCUGAAACAGUUGGUAAAAACAACAAAAUAGGACAGAAAC